AUGACAGAAGACGGGUCCAGAUCGGUUAACCACUACCCUACAGUUGACGAGAUUCUCAAUGUCGAGUCACAACAAAGAUGCAGUGUAUGUGGACGUGUGUUCCAGAAUUCGUCAGCUUGUCGAUUCCACGAAUUGAAGAUUCACUCGAAAACGGAUGCUGCUGGCCCGAAUGAGGCGCGGCUUUUGAAACGAACUUCUGAUGAACAACCCAUCAGAAUGAAAUUCCACUGUCCAGAAUCAUCGUGUGAGCACAAAGUUUUCGAUGGGCUACGAUACUUGAGGCAACACUACAUUCGAUCACAUGCGGAGAAGAAGUUCACCUGUGAACGAUGUGGGCUAAAAUUGGCACUGGAAAAAGAUAUCAACUACCAUAAAAAGCACAGAUGUUCUGGAUUAAGGAAACCCAAAGGUUUGUGUGUUUUUAAGAUGAGAAAAAGAACAAAAAAUUGA